AUGGCACGGGACACGGCACAACGGACUUCUUUGGUGAGGGCAGGGCUGUCGAAAACGGCGGUGAAGAAGGAGAAGUUGGAAGUGAAGCGCAGUAAGCGAAGCAAGUUUACACCGGUUUCAGCCCACAGUAAGGGCAAUCCCAUUCACCGAGCCCUCAAAUACCACGAGAAGAAGCUCCUUCGAAAACAUGACUUUAUGCAGUACCCGCAGGAUAACUGGCAUGAGCCCUUCUGUAUCACAAAGUAUCACCUAGAAGACCGUGAAGACUACCGGAGGUAUUUGCGUCUGGUAGGUCUUACGCGGCAGCUCCUAGCACACCUUCGCUACCUUCCAUCCGACAGCAAGAUUCGAAUGCAAAUAACACAACAAGUUCUGGACAAACUCUUUACAAUGGGACUUAUUAAAGAGAAGCUUGGUUUGGCUGAGGUGGACAAGGUUGGUGUGGAGGCCUUUUGUAAACGACGGCUAUCUACGGUUCUUCGUGAUCUCAGCAUGGCACCAAACUGUAAGCUUGCUGCUGAGCUUGUCUACCAUGGGCAUGUUCGCGUUGGCACGACACAAGUUAGGGAUCCCGCUCUUCUUGUUCCAAAGGGCCUGGAAGACCUGGUGACGUGGAUGCCUGGUUCAAAGAUUAAACAUCAUGUGGACUACUUUAAUGUCCAACGCGAUGACUACGAGUAA